CUUUUCUUUUCAUUUAAUCACUAUAAAUAGAAUGUCCACAACAACAAUAUUCAUACUUGCAACAAAACUUAACAUAUAACCCAAGUUGCAAAGAUGAAUAUCAAGCCCAUUAUCUUCUUGUUCUUCCUCUCCGCACUACUUCUUAUCGCUUCUGAUGCAAGUGAACCGUCAAAAGAUGAAAAACAAGCUACAGUAGAAGCAUCCAAAACAAUAGGUGGAUCACAUGGUGGACAUGGCGGUGGACAUGGAGGUGGGCAUGGCGGUGGACAUGGUGGAGAUAAAACAGAAGAAUCCAAAACAAAAGUUGGGGUAGAUGUCUGGGGACCCCCUAGCGGCGGUGGACCCGGCGGUCAUGGAAGUCCUGGCGGUGGACCUGGUGUUGGACGCAGAGUACCUGGAGGUCCUGGUGGAGGUUCCGGCAGUUCCGGUGGUAAAGGAGCAGGAGGAUCAAAAGGUGGUGGAGGAGGUGGGACAGGAGCAGGAGGAUCAAAAGGUGGUGGAGGACACUAAGGUGGCAAACAGGGAGAGCCUGUAGGAAGUCUAUGAAAACAAUGACACGCUCAUACAUGCGUAUGUGUAAUGUGAAUGUAAAAAGAAAUGUAAAAUAAAGCAUGGAGUGAAUUUGUUAGGAUGAAUGUUCACUUUUAACGAGACAUUAUAUCUAAUAA